AUGAAUUCAAUAAAAAAAAUAGGAAAUAAUUUAAAUGAUCUGAAUAAGCAACUAAAUGUAUCGAAAGAAGAAAAAAAUAAUAUUAAUUCUUUAUUAUACAUAAAUAAAAUUAAGAAAAAAAAUAUCUGUAAUUUUAAGAGUUUAAAUAGAAAUAAAAUAUGUGAAUUAAAAAUAGAUGAAAAUAGUAAAAAAAUGUUAUUUUCAUCCAAUGAAAAAACUUAUGAAAACAAAUUUAAAAAUAAUGGAAAUUUUAUUAAUAGAAAAAGUAAAUGUAAAUUAAUUAGUAAAAUUAAUGAAGAAAUAUAUGACAGAAGGUAUGGUUGUAAAAACAAAGAACUAAAUAUGUUAAAAUGUCAGAAAGAUAAAAAUUUAUUAACAAAUUUUGAAAAUGUAAAUAUUUCCUGUACUAAAAAAAAAGAAAAUGAAAAUAAAUGUAAAUUAAUUCAUAAAAAUAAGGAAAAUAAUCAAAAUUGUAGUGAACACAUUUCAGACAAAAGUACUAAAUGCAAUUUCAUAAAAACAAUUAAUUCAAGCACAAAAAACAUCACCAAUAUAAACUCAAUUUUAAAAGAAAAAUAUAAAAAAAAAAAAAGUUUUAAAAAUAAAGAAUGGAAUUCAUUAAGUAUUUCACUGAAAACUCAAGAUAUAAAAAUAGAUAACACUUUACACAUAAACAAAAGUAAAUAUAAAUUUGAAAAAUUAAAAAAAAGAAGUUUUGACUUUUUAAAAAAUACAAGUUCAAAAAAUAGAACGAUACAAGAACCAAUAAAUGAAAUAGAAAAAUCUAAACAAAAUAUAAAUAAUAAAAAUAAAUUAUUGAAUAAAUUUGAAACUAAAUUGAAACAUGUAUUACAAUGUGAUAAUAUUUCUAAAGGAAAGGAAUAUAAAGAUAUAUAUCAAUGCAAAAAUGAGUGUAAAACCCCUGAAAAUUAUGUAGAAAAUAUAUAUGCAAAUAAAGAAAGAUAUAUAAAAAAUAUAAUAGGUUAUAAUACAAACUUAAAAAAUGGUGAAGAAGGCAAUUUAUUAAUUAAAAAAAGUGCAUUUAGUAAUAGCAAAACAGAAACAAAAUGCCUAGAAGAAAAUGAGGAAACAAUUAGUCAAAUAAAUGAGCAUAAAGUAAGCAUAAAUUUCUUUAAAAAAAAUUUGGAAGAGACAGAAAUUAUUGAAAAAUUAAUAUAUAUAAAUUUAAAAAAAAAAAAUCAAUUGAUCCAAAAAAGGGAAAAAGAUAAAGAUGAAGGUGAUGAUGAUCAAAAAGAGGAAAUUGAAGAAAUAGAAGUAAAAACAAAAGAAAAAAAUGAAGAAAAAAGUAAAGGGAUAAUCCACAAAAAAAAAGAAAAAAAGACACAAAAAAAGGAUAAAUGGAAAAUUUUAAAGAAUGAAUUAAAAGGAAAAAUAAAAAAAAAAUAUAUAAAAGAGUAUUUAAAUAUAUUAAAAAAUAAUAAAACAUAUAAAAUAAUAGUUGUAAAAAAUAAUAAUAAAGAGGUUGGGAAUUAUAUUAUAACAAAUAAAAUAGGUAAAGGAACAUUUGGAGAAGUUUGCUUAGGAAUUCAUAUGUAUACUUAUGAAAUAGUGGCUGUUAAAAUUUUAAAUAAAAAAAAGUUAUUACAAAUGAUAAGCUAUGAUAAAAUAAUGAAAGAAAUAGAAAUACAUAAAAGUAUUGAUCAUAAUCACAUAUGUAGAUUCUAUGAAGUGCAUGAAAACAUAAAAAAUUUAUAUAUGAUUUUAGAAUAUUUACCUAAUGGGGAUUUAUUAACAUAUAUCUAUAAAAAUAAUUAUAUAAAUGAAAAUAAAGCAAGAAGAAUUUUAUAUCAAUUAAUAAGUGCUGUUGAAUAUUUACACAAAAUCAAUAUUGUACAUCGUGAUUUAAAACCUGAAAAUAUAUUACUAGAUUACAAUAACAAUGUUAAGUUAAUUGAUUUUGGAUUGUCUACCAUUUUUAAUCAGAAUAAUUUAUUAACAACAUCAUGUGGAUCACCUUUUUAUACAUCUCCUGAAAUUUUAUUAGGUAAUAAAUACAAAGCAGAAUCAACUGAUGUAUGGUCCUUAGGUAUCAUUUUAUUUUUAUUACUGAACAAUAAAUUACCAUUUAAUCAUAAUGAUUUAAAUAAGCUAUUUCAAAAAAUUAUAAAAGGGAUAUUACAUUUUGAACCAUAUGUAUCUUUAAAUGCAAAAAAUUUAAUUCAAAAUAUGUUAAAUGUAAAUUUUAAAAAAAGAUAUUCACUAAAUGAUAUUAAAAAUCACAUAUGGUUUACUAAUCAUAACUUGAAAAUAAAUUUAAAUAACUUAGAUAAUGGAUGCAACUUAAUCGAUUGUGAUACAUGUUUAUAUAAGAUAAUUUUUCAGAAUAAUGAUUAUUAUAAUGAUUUUAUAAUAAAUAAAAUAUGUAAAAUAACUAAUUUAGAUAAAAAUAACAUAUAUAAUCAAUUAAAAAAUGAAAAAAAAAAUUUUAUUAAAACAGCAUUUCAUCUUUUGCUCAAUAAAUCUAUUAGAAUAUUGUCAAAAAAAAAUUAUUUAUUUUCUAAUUUUAUAUUGAUUAAAAAGGACAACAUUCCUUUGAUCUCAAAUAUUAAAGAUGACAAUAAUAAUGAAGUUACCUCUUCUUGUAAUAAUUCAUUGAAUAAUAGUUUAUUAAAAAUAAUUAAUAAACAAAAAGAUAUGCACUAUCUCAACAUUUUCAAUAUUAGUAAGGAUAAUAAAAAUAUUACAGAACAAAAAUCCUUAGAAGGAACAUGCAGCAGAAAAAGCAAUACUAAUAAUUUUAAUAUUACCAAUAAAAUUCAUGAUUCUACUAAUACAAAUAAUGAUAACUAUGUAAAUAAUUGCAAAAGAAAUAUAAUAAACAACAAAAAAAAACAUAUUAAAAUAAAUAUACUUGAUAAAAAUAAAGGAGAUAAGUCUAAUUUAAAAGAAAACAAGUGUCAUAUACUUUCUAAUAAGAAUAAUAAUAGUAAAACCAAUUUUAAGAAAUAUAUAAGAACUAUUCAUACAAAUGAUGAUAAAGUAAAUAAUAAUUAUAAUUAUUUAAAAAAUAAAAGUAGUAUUAAAAAGAAAGGUAAUAACAGUAAUAGUUUAAAAGAUAAAAAUAAUUAUAUAACAGGUAAUUAUGUUGAUAUUAAAAGUGUAUAUAAGGGAAACAGUAAUAAAAUUAAAAUAAAAGAAACUAGAUUAAAUUUAUUAGAUAAAGUGCUUUAUCAGAAUAAUUACAAAUUUAGACGUCAUUCUAUGUUAACUUAUAAUGAAAUAAAAAAAAUAUCACUGGAAUCUCAUGAAAUAAAAAAUGAAAAUAACCUAUUAAGCAUUGAUACAUUUAAUAAGUACUAUGACAACUGUAAACUAAAAACAAAAUAA